ACGAGCCGAGCUGAGAGCCGAGGCUCCGCGGUGCUGAAAGGACAGCUCCCCCGCUCUCUGACAUCUGCAGACAUGUUCACCAGGAUGUUAAAACUGAGGCUUCUCAAUGCUGUAGCACCUGCCUACUUCUUCAUGGCUACAGCUGUCACCUUCAUUUUGCAUUUUGGCUUCUUCAUCCCUACAAUCUUCCCAAACCCGGACACAUCACUGAGGGGGUCUACAACUCUUCACACAGUUGUUUUCCUUUUCUUGAUGUUCAACGCACUGGGAAAUUACAUAAUGACUAUUAAAUAUCCCGCUGAAAGCGCCAAUGAGACUGUGGUUCCCGUGUGUUCGGCGCACUGCUCGGACAAAGUGGAUGCACACUACCUCCUGAACAAUCGUCACUUCUGCAAACUGUGUAAGAAAGUCAUCCUGAAGAGGGAUCACCACUGUUUUUUCACCGGAAACUGCAUCGGAAACAAAAACAUGCGCUACUUCAUCAUGUUCUGCAUCUACACAUCAUGCACCUGUUUGUACUCCUUGGUUCUUGGUGUUGCCUUUUUAACAGUGGAGUACUCCAUCUCCUUUGAGAACCCGCUGACCUUCCUGACUCUUCUUCCUCUCUCCACUGGUUACUUCUUCAUGGGAACAAUCUCAGGCUUGCAGUUAUUCCUGGUGCUGAUGCUCUAUGUGUGGCUCGGCAUCGGCCUGGUCUGUGCAGGCUUCUGCUGCCAGCAGGUGCUGCUGGUGGCCCGGGGGCAGACCUGGUGUCAGAUGCAGAGGGGGCAGCUCGUGGAGAACCGCAGCCCCUGGAGAAACAACCUGAAGGAUGUGUUUGGUACCCGCUGGAUCCUUGGCCUUAUUCUGCCUGUGCAGACGGCGGAAACGUGCUCCGAUGACACAGAUGCACACAAGCAGGACUGAGUGAUAACCACGUCAUAUCAAUAACUCCCAAUAGGUCACACAAGCAGCACAGGUUGUAGAAAAUGCUUUCUUGGGAUACAUGUGGUGAUGGAUUUUAAGUACUAAA